CAGCUGAGAGGCUCUGCUUGUGCGUGUGCGUGUGAGUGUGCGCGGGUGACGCCGUGUGUGUGCGAGAGUGAGUGUGUGCGCGCGCGUGUGUGAGAGAAAGGGAGAGAGAGGGGGACUCUGUGUGAGGGAAAGAAAACAAUUUCUCCUGCUCUGCAGCUUCUGUUCAGGAUCAAUGUGACCCUAACACAAAUGGAUGAAUGAAUAUACAUAUGAAGAGGAAAACAAUAAAGAAUACCAACAUCUUUGAGAACAGAAUGUUAAUGCUUGAUGGGAUGCCGGCAGUCAGAGUCAAAACAGAGAUUUUGGAAUCUGAACAAGGGUCUCCAAACGUCCACAACUACCCCGAUAUGGAAGCCGUUCCCCUGUUGCUAAAUAAUGUGAAAGGGGAGCCCCCGGAGGACUCGCUAUCAGUAGAUCACUUCCAAACACAAACUGAGCCAGUGGACUUGUCAAUAAACAAAGCCAGGACAUCCCCUACUGCCGUUUCAUCCUCCCCAGUUUCCAUGACAGCAUCUGCCUCCUCACCUUCUUCAACUUCAACCUCCUCAUCGUCUUCUAGUCGUCCAGCCUCAUCCCCAACUGUUAUAACAUCAGUAUCUUCAGCAUCAUCUUCGUCAACAGUAUUAACUCCAGGGCCCCUUGUUGCCUCUGCAUCUGGUGUGGGAGGCCAGCAGUUUUUGCACAUUAUCCAUCCUGUACCGCCUUCAAGUCCCAUGAAUUUACAGUCUAACAAACUGAGUCACGUUCACCGCAUCCCUGUGGUGGUACAGUCGGUGCCUGUUGUCUACACAGCUGUACGGUCACCUGGAAAUGUGAACAACACUAUUGUCGUGCCGCUUUUGGAGGAUGGGAGAAGCCAUGGCAAAGCACAAAUGGACCCCCGAGGCCUAUCUCCCAGACAAAGUAAAAGUGACAGUGAUGAUGAUGACCUGCCAAAUGUGACCUUAGAUAGCGUUAAUGAAACUGGAUCUACGGCCCUUUCCAUAGCCAGAGCAGUACAAGAGGUACAUCCGUCCCCAGUGUCAAGGGUCCGGGGAAAUCGAAUGAAUAAUCAGAAGUUUGCUUGUUCAAUUUCACCAUUUAGUAUUGAGAGCACAAGACGCCAGAGACGGUCUGAAUCCCCAGACUCCAGAAAACGGCGUAUCCACAGAUGUGAUUUUGAGGGAUGCAACAAAGUGUACACAAAAAGUUCUCACCUGAAGGCUCAUCGGAGGACGCAUACAGGAGAAAAGCCCUACAAGUGUACCUGGGAAGGCUGCACCUGGAAAUUUGCUCGUUCGGAUGAACUGACCAGGCAUUACCGCAAACACACGGGAGUGAAGCCAUUCAAGUGUGCGGACUGUGAUCGCAGCUUUUCCCGGUCAGAUCACUUGGCUCUGCACCGCCGGAGGCAUAUGCUGGUGUGAGGAAAGCUACCUGUCCAGCUGAGCAUAAGAGCUGGAUCUCUUAGCGGCACCCAAUUCAGCAGGGCUGAAUCCCCUUCACAGUGUUAACACAAAAGGGCAUCACCAUCCCACGAUGUCUGAAACCAGAGCAGGAAAAAGAAGGAACACUUCUCCUUUGGGUCUGAAGGUAACCCCCAUCACGCCUACACGAGAAACAUCUUCACGCUGGCCUGGGAGCUCAGUGACACCCAUGCUGAAGAGACAGGCAUUGUUUUCCGUGCUGUGUACUCUGCCACUUAAGAUGUUUGUAGCUUGUACAUUUUCUGAGCUGUCAGACAUUUUGUUAUUGAUACCUUAAAGGUCGUCUACCACAAAUUGAUGGCUAGAGCAAGACCUUUUAAAUCUGGAUGAUUGUCUCAUCAUCCCGCCCCUUUACCCCUUUUUACAGAAAUUUUAGUUACUAUCUAAGUAAGCUAGAACACACAUCCAGUCUGUUACCAGCAAGCAGCAGCACGAAAGUAGAAAAGAAGAAGCUGUUGGAGAGGUUCCAUUACCUGAAAAGAAAGGGCCACUCAAGCAGCCCUUUGCAAUAGUGAUGGCGGCAACUAGAUAUCACUCGCAACUUGUCAUUAUGCCAUGCCCUGGAGAGAACCAACAUUGAAUCUUUCAUUUGUUUGUCGUUGAUUGUUUUUGUUUUGUUCCAGUUCUGUUUCGUUCAUCUGUUUGGGCAGAGGGGCAGCGACAUUUAGUUGAAGUCUAGUCCUGGUCUCUGCCCUGGCAGGGACUGGCACAGAGGUGUUCUGUAGUUGAAUAGGAAGAGCCUGUCUAAAAAAACUACUGCCCCACUUCAAAUUGCAGUGUUCUGUCACCUAGGCAUCAUCUCUUCCUGCCCCUAGUAUUUGAUUACAAGGAAUCAGGGGAAAAAAACUUUCUUAGACACACUGGCACCAAGGUAAGAGGUGGGGCUGCCCAAGCAAAGUCAGUGAACAUGAAAAAACAGACAAAGCAGAGAUGGAAAUAAUGCGCCUCUUGAGGAGAAAAGCAAUAAUGAAUAAAAGGACUUUUCUACAAUAACUUCACUGAGGACUCACGUUACCAAUUUUCAUACUUACUAAAGGGAUUGUAAAAUAACCCAGUAUUUUAGAUGUCUUGGUUACAUUUACAGCACUGAGGUAAUCUUUCUGCUGUUUGUUGUCCUGCUUGGUUGAGUACCACAAUUAAAGAUUAUGCUCCCCUUUUCUUGUUUGAAAACAGUUAUUUGGUGACUAGAAAGGCAAGGAAGGUCUGGCCAGGCAUUAACUCUUUGGUUAACGGGUCAGUCCUCCUUAGCACUGAGUCAGUGGAAAGGAAAUGCUCCCCAUGGACAGCCUGACAUGGUGCUAGUUUCUUCUCUUGGAGAGCCAAGAGGUGACUCUCCAUAGGUUCUUCAUUUUCUAAACUGUAUUGGGACACCGUGGCAUCUGCAGGGAUAUAGAACCCACCCAUCUUAUACUGAGGACAAGAGGAAGGUGUAGUUCCAUUGACCCCCUAAAAUGAUGAGCCUUUUUGCAACUAGAAGAGUAUACAGUAAACAAAGCAAUACAUCACCAACAAGCAUUCUUUCAGAAAAACUAUCAUAUUUUUGUCUCCACUAAGAGCUGGGUUUUUUCCAGUUUUAUGUGGCUAAGGGGCUUGGUGAGUUUUUCUUUCUUUCUUUCUUUCUUUCUUUCUUUUUCUUUUUUUUUUUUUUUUGGUUGUUGUUAUUAGAAUUUUUUUAUAGCUUAGAUAUUAAAGGUCUUCAGCAAAGACCUUUGCAAUAUAUUUCAAUUACAAACACUUGAUUUGGGGAAAUGCACAAAUAACCUCACAGUACUACUAGCUCAUUUUUAUGUUUGAAUAUUCUAAAAUACUUUUCAGUUUCAGAAUUGUCCUCUUUUAGGGUCAUCUUCUAAUUCAGAUCAUCUUAUUCUGAUGAAGCAAGAACUAUGGACAUUGAAACAAGGACAAUUUGUGUUGGAUGGCAUUAAAAGGAAUUUUUUUUAACUGUUCAACCAACAGUACAAUGACUUUUAGGUCACAUUCUGGCUUCAAAAAUAUGUGCUCUAUAUUUUCUGCCAGAUCUGAAAAAAUUCAUCAGGCAAUUUCCCUCCAACAAGGGCUGUAAUUCUAUUGAUAAAUUGCUUCUUUGGCUACACAAACUACUAUCCACCAACCAAUGGGUUUUUUUUAACCAACUGGAAAGUUUUUUAUCUGUACUGUAUGCAACUUCUAUUUCUCAUUGCCUGUGGCCACUCAAAAUGGAAAAAGGUUUCUGGAUGCAUGCCAGCAUUGGUUAUUGUUCAGUGGCACUGAUGCAGAGAGGGGCAAACACAGCCACGAACCCCCCGACACUAGUCCAGAACUUAGUUGGCAGGUAGUAGGUGAGUAAAGGUAUUUGGUUUAGUUCUGUCUGCUUUCCUAAAAAGAGCCAAUCCUUUUCUCUGCUGAAAGAAAUCUAGAGAAGAUUACAGGGAGAAAAAUGGCUUUUAACAUUUAUACACCUGACAGGCGGUAGAAACCUCCUGAGUGACAGCUUUAUUUAAAUGUAGCCCAGCACUAAAUGAA